UUUUCUAACCUAAAGCGGCUGAGAUUGAGAAGCCGUGAACUUCUGUCGGUUCGAUUCUUCAUCAUCUUCUUCCUCUCUCUCUCUCUCCGUAUUCGUGCCACACUCUGCUCUCUCUCUCUCUCUGCAUGUCGGUUUCAUCUUUUUCGUCUGCCAAAUUUCGAUAAGCUCGUCUUUCACUGCUGCGGUACCUGCUGUUCAUCACAUUUUCACUUCCAGUAGUGAUUUUGUAGUGCCUUUGUUCGUCUGAUCUCUUGUUCCGAUUCGACUUCGGCUUGUUCGGUGCAUUUCCUUCGAUUUUAUGACUCCAAUUCGUCUCGCUCUCCCUGGAUCAUCAAUAUCCACUUUCGAUUUCGAGUUUCGGUGCUUAUUUUCUUGGCCUGUCUCAGAUCUCUGAUAUUUCUACUGAAAAAUGAUGGAUCCGAUUGAGGAAGGAUCGGAGUUCAAGGACGCCGGAAGAUCCCCGAGAAAGGCGUCGCCGGCGGAAAGCGAGCAGAAUAGGAAGACCUGCGCCGAUUGCGGGACGACCAAAACUCCUCUCUGGCGCGGAGGUCCGGCCGGCCCUAAGUCUCUCUGCAAUGCGUGUGGGAUCCGAAGCCGGAAAAAGAGGAGGUCGCUUCUAGGUUUGAACAGGGGGAGCGAAGUGGAGAGAAAAAACAAAGGAAGCAGUAACAGAACCAGCAAUGGCGGUGGAAAUCAAGCAAAAAUUGGGGGAGAUAACUUAAAAUGGAGAUUAAUGGCUUUUGGUAGAGAAGAAUUGAUGCAGAGGAGACAGUUAGGAGAGGAAGAACAAGCUGCUGUUCUACUGAUGGCUCUAUCGUAUGGAUCUGUAUAUGCUUGAAGUGCUAAAAGAUUUUGGAGUAGUUUUUUUGUGAGCUCUCUGAUUUCUAGAUUCCCUAACCAUAACUGUAAUGUAGCAUCUGCUUCUUCUCUUCCUCUGUUCUUCAAUGGAUUGAUUCUCUUUUGUUCUGUAAUUUCUAGGGUUUUUUUUUGGGUGGGAAAGAGAAUAUAGCUCAAUUUGUUUUUGGAAAUGUAGAGAUCGGAACAAGUGUUUGGAAAUUAAUUCUAUUCAACCACAAAUGGAAAUUGGUGUUUAUUGGUUACUGUUGCCCAA